UAGUUUUGCUUUCUUGCCAGAGCAAGUAUACACACAUGCUUGUAUGCACACACCUAACAAACACAAAGCUUUUGUUCAGUGUUCAAUUGUAGUUUUACUUUUGCUUAUUUAUUUUGUUAGGUUUUUUUAAUAGUAAAAGUGUGCAUUUAGGAGAGACAUUCCUGUACCUGAAGCCUGUCAGCUGCACACACAUACAGAUCUAAAUUACCCCAUCACUACAGCCUGCAGGCCUUGUUUGCCUGCAUUUAUGCAAACCGGUGGCCAAAGAAAGGGGGAGCUGUUUGCUGAAAAACCUACCAGCAUGUCUGUAGACGCUCUUCGGCAGUCUCCGCGGCGUUUACCGAGACCGGCUGAAACUGCAGACUCUUCUCCUGGGCAGCGCAAGCCGAGUGCUGUGGAGCGUCUGGAGGCCGACAAGGCAAAGUACGUUAAGAGCCAGCAAGUGGCGCUCAACAAGCAGCUGCCAAUCAUCCGAAAACCAUUAAUGCCAUCCAGCAACAGCGGGCAGCUUCGACCAGGUCCACCACAACCAAUGCGCAAAGUGGCUGCUCGCACCACAUCUAAACCAGAAUCCUCACUUUUUAACCUAGAUCACCUGAACAGCCUGAUUAAUGGAGUCUGUGAUGCAUUUUCACCAUCCAAUAGUUUGCAAACGGAAAAGCAUGGAGAAAGUGCGGCGAGAAGUGCAUCUCGGCUUCCCUCCCCGAAUUUGAAGGCAGUUGUAGAUGAACCAAAUUUGACAAAAGACUUUUCAACACCAAAAAAGAAAAUAUUAGGAGAUGGCCUUGCAAUGAACAUGUCUUCUCCUUAUACAGUAACAGUACGGCGUGUUGAUGUUAGGCCUCAGUUAGCGAUACCACAAAUGAGAAAGCCGUGCCGAGCACAGCUUCCUGGGCAGCGAGUCCACUCGCAGCUUUUGCAGCUGCUCAAGCCGUACACUCAGACUUCCCCUCCACCACAGCCUCUUCAGCCGAUCAAAAGACGACAUGAUAUAAUGAACAUUCCCAAUCCUGGAAAAUCAUCCAUGAGCCCAUUACAGGCUUCAGCAUUCUCUCCUAAAACUUCAACCCCUGCCAUACCGUCCCCUGAUGAAUCUCCCAAAGAACAAAAUGAAAAAGAGUUUUCCACCUCAGCCCAAGAACCCAUCCUACCUCCAUCUCCUGCAGUCACCAACAAUUCCUCACUCAGUUCCAGGAAACGGUCACUAACACGUUCCAAAUCGGAUGUGAGCGAUCGUUUCUCUCGUGCCGGUGCCGAAGUUGAGCGUUUCUUUAACUACUGUGGCCUUGAACCUUCAGAUUUUGAAGAGCUGACUCCAGGUUCGGAUAUUGCGUCCAUCUCACGCCUGCGUAGCGCUAGCACUCCUGCGUCAAAGUGCUCAGCUGAAGGGGAGGAGGAUGAAGAAGAGGACAACGCAGCCAAAGAUGAGAAGCCUAGCUAUAAUAUUUCAGUCAUAGAGAAAAAUGCACGGGUGAUCAAGUGGCUGUACGGAAUGCGACAAGCCAAGGACAGCACAAAAGUGGCGAACAUUUAGAUUGGACAACCAGCUGACCAGUGGUUUCAGUAAAAUUGUAAUAUUUGGCAAUAUUUAGUGAAAUCACAUUUCAAAAGCUCCAGUCUGCAUGACAUCUGUAAACUAGCCAAAAAAAGUUAAUAAUAUGGACCAUCAAAAUACAACCAAUCGUAAUGAGGAUUAACUGGUGCCUCAUUGAAAGCAGGGACUGUAUUUUGUUUCAGCUAGCUGUAGCUAACUUUUGCCAAGAUCACUGUUUGCACCUAUCAUGUUCCUUGUCAUUUUUAUUAGGUUUCUUAGGAUCAGGAUACAUGCCAUGUCUGCUGCUGUGGAAGUAAUUGGAUAUUAAACCUAUUCAAUUAUUGUAUUAUGUUUGUGUAUUUUUAUUCCCAACAAUGAGAAAUGUUGCUUCUUAUUAUUUUUUAUUUUGUAUUCAAGUGUUAACACCUUAAUCAUCUGUGGCUUGGAUUAAUGUGCCUGGUUCUGCUCAUACAUAUUUGCCCUCUUGUCAGAUCUGUUUUGUCAAGUAGAUCUUUGUAUAGAGAUGCACCGAUUUUUCCAUGUUGACUGAUGGAUUUUAAUGACUAAAAUAAAUAAAAUAAGAUGAAUAUUGGUUGAA